GUCCUGGCCGCGCGUGGCGCCGUGUGCGGCAGGGGCGGGCAGGCGGGCGACUCGGUGACGCGGCCCAAGCGCGGCGCCGAUCGGAGCGGGCGGAGCGGGCCGGCUGGGGCGGAGCGGAGCGGAGUCGUCCGCAGAGCAGCCCCUCCCGGCCGCGGCCGCCGACCCCGGCCCCCGGCCCGGCUCUAUGGACAGGAGCUCGCUGCUGCAGCUCAUCCAGGAGCAGCAGCUGGAUCCCGAGAACACAGGCUUCAUCGGUGCAGACAGCUUCGCUGGCCUGGUGCACAGCCAUGAGCUGCCUCUGGACCCGGCCAAGCUGGACAUGCUGGUGGCCCUGGCUCAGAGCAAUGAGCAGGGCCAGGUCUGCUACCAGGAGCUGGUGGACCUGAUCAGCAGCAAGCGCUCCAGCAGCUUCAAGCGGGCCAUUGCUAACGGACAGCGGGCACUGCCCCGGGACGGGCCGCUGGACGAGCCGGGCCUGGGUGUCUACAAGCGGUUUGUGCGCUACGUGGCCUACGAGAUCCUGCCCUGCGAGGUGGACCGCCGCUGGUACUUCUACCGACACCGCAGCUGCCCACCCCCCGUGUUCAUGGCCUCGGUCACCCUUGCCCAGAUCAUCGUGUUCCUGUGCUACGGGGCCCGCCUCAACAAGUGGGUGCUGCAGACCUACCACCCUGAAUACAUGAAGAGCCCCCUCGUGUACCACCCCGGCCACCGCGCCCGUGCCUGGCGCUUCCUCACCUACAUGUUCAUGCAUGUCGGGCUGGAGCAGCUGGGGUUCAAUGCCCUCCUGCAGCUGAUGAUCGGGGUGCCCCUGGAGAUGGUGCAUGGCCUGCUCCGCAUCAGCCUCCUCUACCUGGCGGGCGUGCUGGCAGGCUCCUUAACCGUCUCCAUCACCGACAUGCGGGCCCCGGUGGUGGGAGGCUCCGGCGGGGUCUAUGCCCUGUGCUCGGCACACCUCGCCAACGUCGUCAUGAACUGGGCUGGGAUGAGAUGUCCUUACAAGUUGCUGAGGAUGGUGCUGGCCUUGGUGUGCAUGAGCUCCGAGGUGGGCCGGGCCGUGUGGCUGCGCUUCUCCCCGCCGCUGCCCGCCUCGGGCCCACAGCCCAGCUUCAUGGCGCACCUGGCAGGCGCGGUGGUGGGGGUGAGCAUGGGCCUGACCAUCCUGCGCAGCUACGAGGAACGCCUGCAGGACCAGUGCGGCUGGUGGGUGGUGCUGCUGGCCUACGGCACCUUCCUGCUCUUCGCCGUCUUCUGGAACGUCUUUGCCUACGACCUGCUUGGCGCCCACAUCCCCCCACCGCCCUGACCGGCUACCUGAGGCUGCACGGGCCAUGGCUUGGCACAUGGUGGCCACCCCCCAUGGGCCUUCACGCCUGCCCUUGUGAGCGGACGUCUCAGGGCUGCUGUGCCCCUCGGGUGUGGGUGGCCUCAGAGGAGACCCUGUCCCGGCCAACUCCCUACCCCCAGGACUCGCAGUCUGAGCCUUUUUGGAUAAUUAAUAAAUAUUUUACACAGCA